AUGCGGUACCGAAGGUUUUGGGGUUUAGGGUUUAGGGAACAUCGUGCUUCCGUGCAGAUACUCGAAGAACGAGGUGUACUGCGGCGGCUGUGCAACAAGCCGUUUGAUCCGCACGGAUCCUAUUUAGAUGAGAUUGUUGGAUUCUCCAUGGCAGCCUUAGGGUUCUAUUGGCAGUUGAGCUCGGGAUUCCUGGUGCCCUGGCCCAUGAGCUGGCUUCUCUGGCCAUUGACUGCGCUGGAGACAUUUCUCGAGCUGCAAAUUUCAUGGCAAUGA